CGUAAAUAGUCAGAGUUCUUCGUCGAGCAAUGAUUCGCCACUCUCUGUAACGUUGUUGGAUCCAGAUGUUCUCGAUUGUCCUAUUUGCUGUGAGCCAUUGAAGAAUCCAAUUUUUCAGUGUGAUAAUGGUCAUUUGGCUUGUUCUUUGUGCUGCACCAAAGUGAGGAACAUAUGCCCCUCAUGCGCAUUACCCAUUGGUUACGUUCGCUGCAGAGCCAUGGAGAAGGUUAUAGAAUCAUCUAGAGUCUCAUGUCCAAAUGCCAAAUACGGGUGUAAAGAGAAUACCUUCUAUGGAAACCGAUUUAGCCACGAGAAGUUCUGUGUUUUCACCCCUUGUUCCUGCCCCAUACGUGACUGCAACUACUCUGGCUAUUACAAGGAUCUCAACAACCACGUCCGUGCUGAACACAAAGAUGACCUGAUCUCGUUCAUGUGGAACACUCGUUUAACCAUUAGCUUGGACCUCAACGAGAAGACCACGAUUCUUCAGGAAGAAAACGAUGGGCAUGUGAUUGUAGUUCAAGUUUUCAUGGCGUUGCACGCUGUGAAUGUUAGUGUCAGCUGUAUUGCACCUUCGGCACCAGGAGUGGGUAAUUUCUCAUGCAGUAUAGCGAAGAUAACCGUUGAUAACUUACUGAAGCAAGGAUUCAUGUUGAAGAACAUUCAGAAAGUGAAGAAUGAACAGCCCGAAGAUGGUUUUAUGUUGAUUCCUUCAUAUUUGUUGUCUGGUAAUGAGAACUUGAAUUUGCAGAUUUUGAUCGGCCAUGGCCAUGCCAAUGCCAUUAUUCAUUCCUGAUUGUGUAAACUAGUUUAAGUUGAAUCUUAAAAGUUAUUGUGAAUCUAACACCUUUGUGGAACAA